UUUCCUUUUCUACAUCAGAGUGAGAGAGAGGAAAGGAAUGGAGAGAAGAGGCUUUCUUUUUUCCCUCUUUCUUUUAAAUAUUGUUACAUAUUGCGGAAGAUAUUGGGAGGUGAGUGGUUGCUUGGAUUCCGAGAGAAAAGCUCUGAUCACUUUUGGGAAGGCUCUCAACGAUCCUUCCAAUUUUCUCUCUUCUUGGGAUGAUGAAGCCUCAGACUGCUGCAAAUGGAGAGGAAUUACUUGCCACAACAUAACUGGGUAUGUUCUUAAACUCGACCUCCAUGUCGAUAUCUACCAUCUCAGACUAGGUGGCAGAAUUGAUCCAGCUCUGGUUGAACUGAAGCAUCUUCAGUUCUUGGACUUGAGCUACAAUGAUUUUUAUAGUAUCCCAAUUCCACAGUUUUUGGGUUCCAUGAAAGAGUUGAGGCAUUUAAACUUGUCAGAUGCAGGGUUCAUUGGGAGAAUCCCUCAUCAGCUUGGAAACCUCUCUAAACUCAUAUCCUUGAAGCUUUCUUCAUAUCCCUACUCCUCCCUGAGUGCCAAAAACCUGUGGUGGUUGACAAACCUAACUUCUCUCAAGUACCUCGACAUGUCUUCUGUCACCCUUUCCAUGGCAAGCCACGAUUGGGUGCACGUAAUGAACAAGUGUCCUUCCCUCGUUGAGCUACAUUUAGUCAAAUGUGAUCUUUCAUAUAUUUCUCCAACUCUUGCUGCUCUUAAUUUCACAUCUCUCCGUGUCCUUGAUCUCUCUUCCAACCACUUCAACUCUAGAAUUCCAAAGUGGAUAGCUAACAUUAGUAGCCUUGUGUCUUUAAAUCUCUCAUAUAACAAUUUUGAUGGUCCAGUUCCUUACCAAUUUUCACAACUUCCCAACUUGGAAGAGUUGCAGCUGGGAGGAUCUCUCUGUCCUAACUGUUCACAACUCCCUGAAGGCAGUUGGAGUAAACUGAAGCUACUUGAUCUAUAUUUCAAUGAGCUGCAUGGAGGAAUCCCCAAUUCUAUUUGGAAUAUCACAUCACUUAAGUCUCUCUAUUUGACAUUCGUUGAGAAUAUAAGUGGUAGCAUUCCAAGAGCCAUAACUAAGCUUAUAAAUUUAGAGAGCCUGUCAUUGGAUGGAUACCAAAUGAAUGCGCCCAUUCCUGAAUGGUUCAAUGAACUAAAAAAUCUAAAGAACCUUUUUCUCUACCAUUGCAUGUUGGGCCCAAUCAUUGCAGAUCUUGGAGGACUUUCUUCCUUGCAAUCUUUACAUCUUAGUGGCAAUCAGUUGAAUGGGAGUAUCCCUGCAGCUCUUGGAGGAUUGUCUUCCUUGCAAUCUUUAGAUCUCAGUGGCAAUCAGUUGAAUGGGAGUAUCCCUGCAGCUCUUGGAGGAUUGUCUUCCUUGCAAUCUUUAGAUCUCAGUGGCAAUCAGUUGAAUGGGAGUAUCCCUGCAGCUCUUGGAGGAUUGUCUUCCUUGCAAUAUUUAGAUCUCAGUUGGAAUCAGUUGAAUGGGAGUAUCCCUGCAGCUCUUGGAGGAUUGUAUUCCUUACAGUCUUUACAUCUCAGUGGAAAUCAGUUGAAUGGGAGUAUCCCUGCAGCUCUUGGAGAAUUGUCUUCCUUGCAAUCUUUAGAUCUCAGUGACAAUCAGUUGAAUGGGAAUAUCCCUACAGCUCUUGGAGGAUUGCCUUCUAUACAUGCUUUAUAUCUCAGGAAGAAUCAGUUGAAUGGGAAUAUCCCUGCAUCUCUUGGAGGAUUGUCUUCCUUAAAGGAAUUAGUUCUCCGAGAAAAUCAGUUGAAUGGGACAAUUCCAACAACUUUAGGACAACUUUCUAACUUGUCUAAGCUUGACCUCUCUAACAACUCCUUGACAGGAAACGUGUCUGAAACUCAUUUUGAAAACCUCAAAAAGUUGUACUACUUAGAUUUGUCUUUCAAUUGUUUGGGUUUUGAUAUACACCGUGAUUGGGUCCCUCCAUUUCAGCUUUCUAUAAUUUCACUAACAUCAUCUCAUUUAGGUCUUCCUCUCUGGAUACGAACACAAAAAUACAUACACGAGUUGGAUCUCUCUAACACAACCAUCUCUGGCGUCAUCCCCAACUGGUUUUGGGAUUUUACAACCCAACUUUUUUCACUGGACCUUUCAAAUAACCAGAUUUCUGGCCAAUUGCCCAACCCAUUAAAAAUGCUGCCUGCUACCUACAUUGAUUUGAGUUCGAAUAAUUUCAGUGGUCCCAUACCUUGUAUAUUGCAUGGAUCCAGUUCACUUGAUCUCUCCAAAAAUCAACUUUCUGGGCCAAUCUCACCCAAUUUUACAUCCACAAUGCACAAUUUACAUGUCUUUUCUGCCAGCGGUAACCAAAUCAGUGGCAUAAUUCCCUCAUCCAUAGGCAAAAUGAAGUCUCUUGUUGUCCUUGAUCUUUCCCAUAACAAUAUAAGUGGCAUAAUUCCCUCAUCCAUAGGCAAAUUGAAGUCUCUUGGUGUCCUUCAUCUUUCCCAAAACAAUAUAAGUGGCACCAUUCCAUUAAGAUUGGGUAACUGUGUACACCUCGAGGCACUUGAUUUGAGCAAGAACCGUUUGUCAGGAAGAAUUCCCAUAUCUUUGGGUAUGUUACAUUACCUUCAAACGAUGCACUUGAGAAACAAUAGCCUAUCGGGAGAAGUGCCUUCAUCUUUGAAGAAUUGUACUCUUUUGGAGACUCUUGACCUUGGACAGAAUAAUUUCUCAGGUCAUAUUCCCACUUGGAUUGGCAAAAGUUUUCCGGUUUUAAGAAUUUUGAGUUUACGAUCCAAUAUGUUUACAGGGAACAUACCACCACAAUUGUUAAACAUAACUUCACUUCAGGUCCUUGAUGUGGGACAAAAUUGUUUAUCUGGUUCAAUUCCUCAAAGUCUUCAGAAUCUCACAGCCAUGAAGAUUGAGCAGAAGACAUACAACUUUCUUUUGAAUGAAACAGAGUCUUAUUACAAGGAAAACUUGCUUGUGUCGGUGAAGGGGCUAAUGCUUGAAUACACUAGAACAAUUUCACUAGUUACAUGCAUUGACCUUUCAAGUAAUAACUUAUUUGGAGAGAUCCCUGAAGAACUUACAAGUCUUUUCGGAUUGCGUGUCUUGAACUUAUCUGGAAACCAUUUGACCGGAAAGAUCCCAAACAAGAUUGGUAAAUUGACAUUGUUGGAGUCUCUUGAUUUCUCCAAAAAUCAGCUUUCAGGUACAAUUCCUCCAAGUAUGUCAAGUUUAACUUUUCUUAGUUACUUGAACUUCUCGAAUAACAACUUUUCGGAAAAAAUUCCAUCGGGAAAUCAGCUCCAGACACUUCAAGAUCCUUCUAUUUAUAUGGGCAACGACGAUCUCUGUGGACCUCCUCUUAAAGAUAAGUGUGAUAGUGACGAGACUUCUCAAAGUCCAAUGCCUGUUGGUGGUGAUGUAAAAAAAGAUGAUGAUGCGCGUGAAAUGGUUUGGUUUUACUCUGCCUUGGGACCAGGAUUUGCAGUGGGGUUUUAGGCCUUCUGUGCCGUUUUAGUGCUCAAGAAAGCUUGGAGGAUUGCUUAUUACCGUUUCUUUGAUGAGAU